CCGCCCGCGCAGGAGGAGGGCAUGACGUGGUGGUACCGCUGGCUGUGUCGCCUGUCGGGGGUGCUGGGGGCCUUCUGUCGACCUGAUCCUAACUUCUGGAGAGAGGCACUCCUUGUCCCAGACCUAAUCCAAGCCACGUUUUCCAAGUUAGAGGACUUCUUACGUGGCCAGCCCUGGGAAAGGGACGCCUGCCCUGGCCAGAGCCCUUGAGAAACAUGUCUCUUUCUUUGGAACUACCUUGCAAGGUGGCCUUCCCAGCAGGCUCUGUGCCGUCCUCUCUGCUAAUUCCUGCCCGUGUCUCUUGCUUUCAAGCUUGCGCCAUCUCUGGCCUCUUCAACUGCGUCAGCAUCCAUCCUCUGAACAUCGCAGCUGGCGUGUGGAUGAUCACGAACGCCUUCAUCCUGUUGCUCUGCGAGGCGCCCUUCUGCUGCCAGUUCAUUGAGUUUGCGAACACGGUGGCGGCGAAGGUGGACAGGCUGCGCUCCUGGCAGAAGGCUGUCUUCUACUGCGGGAUGGCCGUUGUUCCCAUCAUCAUCAGCCUGACCCUGACCACACUGCUGGGCAACGCCAUUGCCUUUGCCACUGGAGUGCUGUACGGACUCUCUGCUCUGGGCAAAAAAGGCGACGCAAUCUCCUAUGCCAGGAUCCAACAGCAGAAGCAGCAGGCAGAUGAGGAGAAGCUGGCAGAGACCCUGGAGGGGGAGCUGUGAUGCAGGUCCGGGUGACGCGCCCCAUACCCUCGCCCCUCUGAUUCUGCGUGAGCGUGGCCAGCAGGGACGGGGCCGGAGGCAUUGACCUUGAGGGACAGCCUGGGGGAGGAGCCUGUGCCUGGCUGCCAUCAGCUUAGCCCCUCCCCGGAGUCCUCCUGUCUGCCCCUCUCUCCGCACUGGCAUCGCCUGGCUGAGCAGGUGCUGAGGUGCUGGGGCGAGGGCCCCGCAGGCCUGGGCUUCAGCAAGUGCACGGGCAGGACGAGCCUUGGGGGUGGCCCAGGCCACGGGACUUGAGGUGGAGGGCAGCCGGCAGCAGCUCUGCUCACAGCUCACCUGGCCCCACAGCCGCCUGGCCUGGCCAUAAACAGGCUCGGGUGGAUUUCCGGACUUCC